UACCCGGAGGUAAACCAGAACAUUCUCUCUAAUUCAUUCCGCACCGAUCGAAAAACUACAACUGCGUCAAAUUGGAUAAUAAUGCUGCGCCAAGUUUCCCAUUUCAUGUGAAAUUUUCGAAAAUUCGAACUAGUCGUCAACCAUAUUCGUUGAUAAUUUGAUUCCGUUCUACGUAUCCUAAGCUCUAAUUUCACCAGAGCAAUGCAUGAGAAAAUAAUGCCCGAGAUGAAUUUAGAUGAGAUUCCGGUGGCUGCUUUAAAACCAGCGACCAUGGGUAGGCUUGGUUGCAUGUUAAAUGCACGUAAAAUUUUACCGUCUCCGGAGCCGUUGCGAUUACCGAGAGAUUAUAGAGGAAUUGCUCAUUUAAUGGGUAUAAGCACCAUUUACGGAUCGUUAGGAGAAAAACCCAUCGAAAAGCUUUUGUUGGAAUUAGGACCCGAUCAGCACUUGACUUUAGGACAAUUACAGUCGUAUUUUGAGAAAAUCGACAGAUACGAUGUUUUAGAUGACACCAAACAGAUGUUUCAUGACGAUGCUGUGGAAUUUGAGGAUAAAAAGCGUAGGAUAGUCGUGCAUAAACCUUAUUCAAUUCAUAAAUCUUUCAAUUCUGGCUUAAGAACUCUAACAAUUGAUGAUGCAGAAAAUGUUCGAAAUGGUAAAGGCCUACAAGUAUACGAUGUGUUUCUCCUAUACGUCGACGAUGACAGAGAUUUUGCUGAAAAUAUAAUGCAUGAGAUGGAAAAAAAAUUCGAUUUGAAGGUUUGUGACAGUGAUAGAGAUCUUCUGCCAGGGCUGACUUUCCAGCAUGCUGCUAUCAUGCAAUUAAUUUCAGAACGAUGUAAGAAGCUUUUUGUGAUCCUAUCGGAUGAAUUUUUUGGUAGUGAUCGUCACACGUUCUUCGUUAAAUUCGCACAAGCCAUCACUUACGAAACAGGAUACAGCAAAGUAAUCCCUUGCACUUACAAAUCGUGUAAUCUUCCGAUAGAAUACAGCUGUUACGUGAGAGCAGAUUAUCAAAGAGAUAUCGCUAAUGGGUAUUUCUGGAAAAAACUCCAAAACUCCAUAUGCCCUGCUGAAGACACAGAAGGAGUACGUAUCGAAGAAAUCAAAUUAGAAGAUGAAGAUUCGCUGAAAAUCGAUUCGAUGAAAAAUGCUGAAAUUUGUGCCGGACAAAACAAUCUGAAAUCUUCGUCGCAAGUGAAGCCUAAUGAAAAAUCUGAGGAAAAUCUCGUUCUUCCUAAAAAUAGUAACUUAGUCAAGUGCACCGAAAAGAAAUCCGCAUCUGUAUCAAUCACUAAGAAAAUUCGUAAAGUUUUUUCAAAAAAUAAAAAAUCAAAAAAGAAGCAAUUGGUUUAUGCCUCCUGAAUGUGUACAGUUGCGUUUGAUUUAUAAAAAUACUUAAUCAUUACUUCGUAUUUUUUUUCUAAUUAGUAAUUAUGAACAUCGAUAUCGUUUUCUAGCUGUAAGUGAUUUGGAAUAACUUUCGUUUUAAAUUCCCAUAUUAUGACAUUUUUUAAAUCAUUAUUUUUCUUUGUUUUUUUUUACCUUAAAUACGUACCUUAUAUAAGAUUAUCAACUUUAUAUGUUAUUUCGAUUUUGAAACUGUGACUACUUACUUUAUAUACGUCCAUUUGGGAUAUAUUUGUAACUGAAUUUUUAGAGAUAAGUUGAAGUCGAGUGCUGUUAAAUAUGUUUUCAUUUUUUACCAUUUUAAAAUUCAAAAUUUGUUUUGGAUUUAUCAGAAAACUCAUUUCUCUAUUUUUGAGUGCAAUUCUUCGUUACCAUAGCAUUUUUUUUUCAUUACGUGCCUAAUAUUAAUUUAUGAAAUGAAUUGUUGAUAAUUGAGCUUAUUUACUUGUAAGUUGAUUAUUUCUUAGGCUGCUAUUGUAAGUUCAUAACAAACGAAUGUAUUUUUAUUAAAAAAUAUAUUAAACUUUAAAAACUGA